ACGUUUCAUCUAAACUACAUUAACUACUGUAGUUCAAUGUGCAAGUUUGCUGUUUGACAAGGAUCGUGUUUAGGUCUUACAUACAUUUCGAUUUCGAUCUCAUUGAGCAUCCCGCCAGUUUUCUUGAGUUAUUCCCGGCACAUGGAGGGGUUAUAAAGAUUCUGGCUCAGCUACCUACUUAUUUACAAAGGACAAGGAACCGAAGAAAAGAGACGGUCUAUAUAUACGUUUUGCUCUAUGCAUUUCUGAUCCUCAUACAUGUCUACUCUCAACCAUUCCUGAACAAUCUGGUGCAUAUCCAAGCGCUACUUUCUGUCUCUCUCGAAAAAGUCCCGAAAGACAACCCGCAAGCACAACGAGAUUGAUAUACAAGAAAAAAAAGGACAUCUCAUCCAAAGGCACAAAAAAAAUCACAUCAUGCUUCCCACCCCCUCGACAUCCCACGUGUCCUUCGACACAAUCUACGAACCCGCCGAAGACUCAUUCCUAUUUCUGGACACCCUCUCCUCCGCCUCCGAGACAGCAUGGCUUUCUGAACGUUUUUCAGCCUCAUCGCAAACAACAUAUUCUCCACCUCCUCUCGUCGUCGAAGUCGGGACCGGGUCCGGAGUCGUCCUCGCUUUCGCGGCUGCAAAUGCAAAAGAGAUCUUUGGCCAGCAAGGUAUCAUGACGUUAGGAACGGACGUGAAUCUCAAUGCCUGUGCAGCAACGCAGCAGACGGUGAUUACUGCGAUUCGCGAGAAAGACGAGAAGGAAAACGAAAAGGAAAUCGAUGACUCCGGGAAGUCAUCGUCGCACUUCCUUGCUUCCCUAACGGCAGAUCUAUGCAGUCCGCUACGUCCGCAUAGUGUGGAUGUCCUACUGUUUAAUCCACCGUAUGUCCCCACACCAGAACUACCGCGUCUUCCAUCAGAAGCGGACAUUCAGAAGGAGAAAGAAAUGUCUCGGUCGGAGAAGUUCGAGCAUGAGUCGUAUCUUCUGUCGUUGACGUAUGCGGGCGGCGCUGAUGGGAUGGAGAUUACGAAUCGGUUGUUGGAUGAGGUGCCUAAUGUGUUGGAUUCCGAGAGGGGGGUUGCUUAUGUUCUGUUGUGUGCGCAAAAUAAACCUGAGGAAGUCAAGGAGAGGAUUCGGGCUUGGGGGCACGGGUGGAUGGCAGAGACGGUGGGUAGGAGUGGGAUGCAGGCUGGGUGGGAGAAGUUGGUGAUUGUACGGAUAUGGAGAGACAAUCAUAGUAUUCCAUUGGGGAAUUGAAUGCAUUUGUCUGAGUUACGAUUACUUGAUCAUGGCGCAGUCUAGAAGGUUACGAGGUAAUGAAGACGAGAUCCGCGCAUCUGGUGG